GUCUGACAUUAAAAUGGCAGGAAGCAGCAUAGUUUUACCAGUCAUUUUAUGGGGUCGCAAAGCACCAACACACUGUAUUUCAGCUUUACUAGUAACGGAUGACUUGUCAACAGUUGUCACAGGAUGCCAUGAUGGACAAAUUUGCCUUUGGGAUCUUUCUCCUGAACUGGAGAUUAACCCACGAGCCUUAUUGUUCGGCCAUACAGCUUCUAUUACUUGCUUAUCCAAAGGAAGUGCAAGCAGCGAAAAACAGUACGUUGUCAGUGCAUCUGAAAGUGGGGAGAUGUGUCUUUGGGAUGUUAAUGAUGGACGAUGCAUAGAGUUCACCAAAUUAGCUUGUACACAUACUGGUAUGCAGUUUUACCAGUUUACUGUUGGUACUCAACGGGAAGGACGACUCCUUUGUUAUGGCCAUUAUCCAGAAAUUCUUGUUGUGGAUGCUGUCAGUCUUGAAGUCCUUUACUCUUUGGUAUCUAAAAUCUCUCCAGACUGGAUCAGCUCAAUGAGUAUUAUAAGAUCUCACAGGACUCAAGAGGAUACAGUUGUAGCUGUUUCGGUGACUGGCAUCUUGAAAGUAUGGAUUAUUACUGCAGAAGUGAGUCGUAUUCAGGUUACAGAGCCUGUCUUUGAAGAAGAAUCUAAGCCUAUUUAUUCUGUCAACUGCCAGAGCAUUUCUUUCUGUACAUUCACUCAGCGGUCUUUACUUGUCGUCUGUUCCAAACAUUGGAAGGUUUUUGAUGCUGCAGAUUACUCUCUGCUGUGUUCAGUACCUAGUGAUCAUGGUCAGACUUGGACAGGAGGUGAUUUUGUGGCUUCUGAUAAGGUUAUCAUCUGGACAGAAGAUGGAUGCAGCUUCAUCUAUAAAUUACCACCAAGUUGUUUACACGCAAGUGAAUCAUUUCGAAGUGAUGUUGGAAAGACUGGUGAAAGCUCUGCGCCACCAUUACUGUUUAGUGCUUUGGACAGAAAAGACAAGCAACUAUUAAUCUGUCCACCAGUUACCCGAUUCUUCUAUGGUCGCAGAGAGCCUUUUCACAAACUUGUUAUUCAGGGUGAUUCUUCUGGACGAUUGUCUAUUUGGAAUCUGCCUGAUAGUCCUCAGUUGAUCAUCAGUGAGGCUGCUCAAGAGCUAAGAGUGACUACCUCAGUUUCGCUUCAAGAAGCAUUUGAAAAGCUUAAGCCUUUACCAGCUGGAAUCAUUGAUCAACUAAGUGUGCUUCCUAACAAUGAUGCACCAUUGAAAGUUACAGCUAGUGUCUACAUUCCAUCUCAUGGACUCCUUGUAUGUGGUCGUGAAGAUGGCAGUAUUGUUAUUGUACCUGCCACGCAAACUGCCUUAGUUCAGCUUCUGCAAGGAGAGCAUAUGCUACGACGAGGCUGGCCUCCUCACAGAACUUUGCGUGGUCAUCGGAAUAAAGUUACUUGCUUGCUGUACCCUCACCAGGUUUCUACUCGAUAUGAUCAGCGUUACUUGAUUUCAGGAGGAGUAGAUUUCUCUGUUAUUGUUUGGGAUAUUUUCUCAGGAGAGAUGAAGCACAUAUUUUGCGUCCAUGGUGGUGAGAUUACCCAGUUAUUGGUUCCACCUGAAAACUGCAGUGCUAGAAUCCAGCAUUGCAUUUGCUCCGUGGCUAGUGACCAUUCUGUGGGACUUCUUAGUCUACGUGAGAGAAAAUGUAUCAUGUUAGCUUCACGUCAUCUCUUCCCCAUACAAGUCAUAAAGUGGAGACCUUCAGAUGACUAUCUAGUAGUGGGAUGUACAGAUGGCUCAGUGUAUGUUUGGCAGAUGGAUACUGGUGCACUUGAUCGCUGUGUAAUGGGCAUCACAGCUGUGGAGAUCCUAAAUGCUUGUGAUGAAGCAGUUCCUGCUGCAGUUGAUUCCCUUAGUCACCCAGCUGUAAACUUAAAGCAGGCCAUGACAAGACGCAGUCUUGCAGCAUUAAAAAACAUUGCUCACCAUAAACUUCAGACACUUGCCACUAAUUUGUUGGCUUCAGAGGCUUCUGAUAAGGGAAAUUUGCCCAAAUAUUCCCACAAUUCCUUGAUGGUUCAGGCAAUAAAGACCAACUUAACAGACCCAGACAUCCAUGUAUUGUUCUUUGAUGUUGAAGCAUUAAUUAUUCAGUUGUUGACAGAAGAAGCUUCAAGACCCAGUCCCACAAUAAUAUCACCAGAAAGCCUGCAGAAGACAUCUGGCAGUGCUGAUAAAGGAAGUAGUUUCUUGGCAGGUAAACGGGCAGCCGUCCUUUUCCAGCAGGUUAAGGAAACAAUUAAGGAAAACAUCAAGGAACACCUUCUUGAUGAUGAUGAAGAUGAUGAUGAAGAUAUGAAGCGUCAAAGAAUAGAAGAUGUUGAUCCAGAAUAUCACUCAAGCAAGUCCAAACCUCUGACACUGUUAGAGUACAACUUGACAAUGGACACAGCGAAACUCUUCAUGUCUUGCCUUCAUGCCUGGGGCCUAAAUGAAGUACUCGAUGAAGUUUGCCUGAGUCGUCUCGGUAUGCUGAAACCUCAUUGCCCUGUUUCCUUUGGCUUGCUAUCUAGAGGAGGCCACAUGUCAUUGAUGAUUCCCGGGUUCAAGCAGCCUAUUAGCAAAACAUCAGAGACUGAUAUAGAAGCUCGACGAAAGAUGUCUAUAACAGAAGGGCUAGGCAAGGGUACUUAUGGUGUUUCCCGUGCUGUUACUACCCAACAUCUGCUUUCUUUGAUUUCUUUGGCCAAUACAUUAAUGAGUAUGACAAAUGCAACAUUCAUUGGCGAACAUAUGAAGAAAGCACCUGCCAGGCCUUCCAAACCAGGGACUCCAGAUACAACUAGAAGCAAACCACCUUCCCAGACUUGUAAUGCUGCAUUACAAGGGCAGAUUAAACAAGCUGCUGCUGCUGCUGUUGCUGCUGGCCCUCAGGCUGAACACACUGGCCCUGCUUUACAUUCAUAUCCCUCAGUAAAUGAAGGAUGGAGUCAACUUGCUGCGAUGCACUGUGUUAUGCUUCCUGAUCUGCUGGGGUUAGAAAACUUCAGACCGCCACUCCUUGAAAUGCUAGCUCGUAGGUGGCAGGAUCGAUGCUUGGAGAUAAGAGAAGCUGCUCAAGCUUUGUUACUAGCAGAGCUGCGGAGAAUUGGCCAAGUAGGACGCAAGGAAACCAUAGAUAUGUGGGCUCCUUAUUUGCCUGUCUAUGUUGACAAUGUUAUGUCACCUGGCGUGACAGCAGAAUCCAUUCAGGCUGUCAGUGUGAGUCCGGAUUCAUUGGGGUCAGAAACAAAGGUUCAAGAGGAAGAGCCUGACUUAGCUGAUGAUGACAUUGCUGCUGGUUGCCUGCCUGGGUUUCAGAUGAAGAAGGUAUCUGCAUCUCAUGAGGAACGAUCUAAACAAGCUACAGCUAUUGUAUUGCUGGGUGUGAUUGGAGCAGAAUUUGGCGCUGAGAUUGAGCCACCUAAAUUCAUAACAAGGCCUCGCAGUUCUAGCCAAGUUCCUGAGGGUUUUGGGCUCACCAGUGGGGGAUCCAACUAUUCACUUGCAAGACAUACAUGUAAAGCUCUAACAUUCCUUCUGCUGCAACCUCCAAGUCCCAGACUUCCAGCAUAUACCACUGUUCGAAGAACAGCAAUUGACCUAAUUGGAAGAGGUUUUACAGUAUGGGAGCCUUAUAUGGAUGUGUCGGCUGUACUGAUGGGACUUCUGGAACUCUGUGCUGAUGCAGAAAAGCAACUUGCCAACAUCACAAUGGGACUACCUCUCAGCCCAGCAGCCGACUCCGCCCGCUCUGCUCGGCACGCUCUCUCACUCAUUGCCACAGCCAGACCAUCAGCCUUCAUAACAACUAUUGCUAAGGAGGUUCAUAGGCAUACAGCUCUUGCAGCCAACACCCAGUCUCAGCAGAAUGUCCACACCACCACCCUCGCACGAGCUAAGGGAGAGAUUUUGCGAGUAAUUGAGAUUCUUGUUGAGAAGAUGCCAUUGGAUGUCGUGGAACUGAUUGUGGAGGUCACAGACAUCAUUAUGUAUUGCCUUGAGGGGUCCUUGGUGAAAAAGAAAGGACUGCAAGAAUGUUUUCCAGCGAUAUGCAAGUUCUACAUGGUCAGCUACUGUGAGAGGAGUCAUAGGAUAGCCGUUGGAGCCAAGCAUGGAUCAGUGGCUCUCUAUGAUGUCCGGACUGGAAAGUGUCAGGCCAUACAUGGUCAUAAGGGACCUAUAACAGCAGUGUCUUUUGCACCUGAUGGGCGGUUCCUUGCCACAUAUUCUAAUAGUGACAGUCAUAUUUGCUUUUGGCAGAUGAAUACAUCUCUGUUAGGAAGUAUCGGUAUGCUGAACUCUGCUCCCCAACUUCGUUGCAUUAAAACGUAUCAGGUACCCCCUGUCCAGCCAGCCUCUCCUGGAUCACAGAAUGUUCUGAAACUGGCAAGGCUUAUUUGGACCUCAAAUCGCAAUGUUAUACUCAUGGCCCAUGAUGGCAAAGAGCAUCGGUUUAUAGUAUAGUUAGGGAUUUUUGAAAUAAACAGUGAUCUUUUUUUUUGCUUCUUAUUGUUUCCAAAUCCCCAUGUUUACACUUCACUUGUUUACAUUUAUUUUAAGAAAAUGUACUUCUUUGGACUUUGGUGUGAAUUUUAAGGUCAGACAUUUUUAUGACAAAAAACAACUUUUCAAGGUUAAAUGUGGAAUUAUAUUUGAUGUGAUGCUUUCAGGAACUAUUUUGUCUUCAUCAACUGGACCUGCCAAGUGUGUCAUAUACAGGUUAUCACUAUUACAUAGAACUGAUAUUUUUCUCAGAAAACAUUUUUUUCUAGGUGUAUAUGUUUGCUCCCUGUUCUGUUACUUUGUUUAGAUAUUGCUGAACUUAUAGUAAACUUCUGAUACAUGGUGUGAUGUUAAAUAGCACGAAGUCAUAUGUCAUGGCAGUCCCAUACUUUAUUAUUUACUUUCAUAGAUGGUUCACUAAAUUUUAAAAUAUAUAAAUUGCUGGUUUUGUUUGCAUUAAAAAUGUCUUUAGCUCUAUUACAGAAAUCACAGGCAUUUCAUUGGUCUUUUAUCUUAAGAAGUAUUAAUAACCAGACAGCAGACGAAUAGUGUUAUUGUUUUCUUUAGAAGACCAAACUGGAAACAAAAAAAUGUAUUUGCUAAUAUGAAGUAUGAAUAUGAAUGCUCCCUUUGUCUUCUCCUGAAAAGAGGACACUGACCUAGUGGGACUAACCUGGUUAAAAUAAAGUAAAUAAAUAAAAAUAAAACAAACUUCCAAGACAUUCCAUUUCACUUCUAAAAUGAUGCUGAUUUUAGCAAAUUAUAUUGUUUUAAUCCCAUAGCUUUCGCAUAUAUGCAUUUAAUAUUUUGCAAGACUUUGUGAUCAAAUUGUAUGAACUCAAAACAUAUUCUUAAAUACAUAAAGGUUUUAUCAGGAAUUUGUGCGGCAAAAGAAAUUGUAUUUUCUGCCCUGGACUGCCAGCAGUAUAUAAUUUCUGUAUUGUACUGCUGAAGAGAAGAACUGCCCAGAUUAAAACACAGGAAAGUAAAUGUCUAAGGUUCUUAAGUAGUCUGGUCCUACAAUCAUUUGAUGCAGCUGGCUAUUUCUGAUAAAAAAGCUGCUAUUACAUAGUGGCACUUUUUGCCUUGGAAAAAGUUAUUUAUAUAACCAUCAGUCUACAUGACAGAAUUGUAAUAUAUUGUAUUAUUUUGCUGUAUGUUACAUCAAAUUAAUUCCAACAUGGAUAUCAGCUGUGUACAACAUGUAGUUUAAAACUGAUACCACAUAUUGUCACUUUGUGCAUUGUUUUGUUUUCCUUUGUAAAACACUCUAGGAUGUCUGGAGUUCCGUUGUGGCGACCCCUAACCAGGAAAAGCCGAAAGACACAAACAAACAUGAAACUGUUACUCGUAUGCACAGUUUUGUCUAUUAAGACUAGGCAUCAGUAGUGCUGGUUGCUCUUGAAUGUCAUAGUAGAUUUAGAAGGAUGCAUUUGGUCUUGCAAAAUAUGCUGUACAACUUGAGGAAAUCAUUUGCAAAUGUACUUGGAAAAUCAAACACUGAGUACAGUGGGUAAUGUUAACUAGCCUUUGGUACUUUUAAAACAAAACAAUUGUAAAUUUAAUAUUGUUACAAAAUUGUUACUAAAGAUAGUUUUUACUUCAGAAACAUCCUGCUAAUUUUACUGCAUAGAGUGUUUUUCAUAAAAGCAGCUAUUCUUAUUUUACAGCAGUAUUUAACAUGUUAAGUUUUAUUUCACAGUAAAAUCAGAUUUUAUCCUCUAAACUAAACAUUUCCACUACUACUUGGAAGUCAUUAAAAUAGGUUUCACUUGUUUUAUUUGUGUUGUCAAAAUCAAUAUAGACUUCUGACUGUAGCACUGCAACUUUUAGGAACUAGUAACACAUGACCUUUCCUAAACAGGAAUGGAUAGUAAUUUUGGAGGUUGUGUGGCAUGGUUGCAAAUGACUUCAGUCUGAAUUAUUUCUGGAUUUUGAAGUUGAAUUCCAGCUCCAGUUUUUAUAUGGAAUAGAAUUCAAACAGCUAAGGUGUACCUCUGAACUGUCCCUGAUUUUGCAGAAUGCCCUUGAUUUUGCCUUAUAUUUUUGCCCUGUCCCUUGAAUUUUUUUUUUUUACUUUCUGGUAAAUCUCUGAGGAUCGUCCUCCAUCAAUGCCAGACUGAGUUUCACGUUUCUAAUUGUUCAGAAACUGCAUGUUGAUUGAAAAUAUGACAUUCUAUUACUUUUUAAGUGAAUUAGUUAUAUUUAAAAAUUAUGUCUGAAUUCGUCUCCCUCCCCUAAUUAUUUCUGACUUUAUCCACAGUGCGUGAACAAAUAAGUUGAGAGGUAUGAGAUACAGUGUAUUGUGUUUUCAGAAGUGUAAGUGAAUACUUAGGCUAAGUCCUCAAGAGUAAUAUUGUAUGCCGCUAUCAGAUGAACUGAAACCUUGGCCUUUUAAGUUUUAGAUUCAUCUUUUGUCUCCUUCAGUGUACAUUUCUUUCAUCUUACUUCCUAGUUUCUAAUGCUUUGACUAUUUAAUAAUCUGUAUUUAAAAAUAUGUAACUCAUGCCUUCUUCCAAAUAGAAAUCAAACCAUCUAAUUCCACCCCCAACACUGACACACAGUUUCAUUUGCAGCUCUUGUUGAUGACAGCAUAAUUAAUUGUCUUUAAUCUUUUUACUGUAAUAAUUUCAACAUUUUAUCAUAGUCAUGAUUUAAGUAGUGUUGAAAGAAUGUGUAUUAUAUGCCAUGGAUACAGUGUCGGAGGUACUUUGUAAACUGAACUGUGAUUUCUGCUAAAUUUUACCAACGUUUGCUUAAAGAUGUACAUUCUCUUUUUAACAUUCCUUUUAAACUGAAUACUACAGCCUAUCUGAUGUUCAUUUAAUUUAAUUUAGAUGUUAAGUUAAAAAAAUACAAAAUCCUAAGGUGUUACGUGUUCACUGUGUACAAAGUGCUAAUCCUGUUUGUUGUUAUAGCCAGAAUUUCUUGUGUUCCCUCUCUCUAGUUAUGGCAUCCUUCCUGAUCAGAACCUAAGCACUGCAGUGAAAUUUGUAUUGUCAUUCCUGUGUAAGCUCUAUUGAUUAGUUAGAUCUGUAUUUGGACUUGUUCUUGUAAACUUAGAACUGUAAGUGGCUUCAUUGGCAGUUUACAAGUAAUUAUAUGACGUGAUAUACUAACAUCAGUACUACUACUUCAGGAUAAUUGAAAUUGUGUGUUGUAAAAUAUUGGUCUGUAUUUCAUAGCUGUGUAAUCAUUCAUCAUAGGAAAGGACAAAUGUAUUACUUGCUGUAUUAAAUAGAAAUAAUGUAAAUUCA